AUGAUAAGUCUGAUGAACCGAGGCCAGGACUCCGCUGAGGCCCUUCCUGGCACCGGGCACCUCUCCUCCCGCCAGCACCAAGAGGUGCACACCUUCCUUAACCUUCUAGAGGAUAGCUACCUGCAGCAAUUCUUUGCCACCGAUCUAUGCUUUCAAGUCUCUGAUAAGUAUCUCUUGGCGAUGGCCCUGAUUUAUUUCCAAAGAGCUGGCCUGGAGCUCAGCGAAUAUACCCACAGCAACCUCUUCUUAGCCUUGUAUCUAGCUAAUGAUAUGGAGGAAGACAGAGAGGACCCCAAGUAUGAGAUUUUGCCCUGGGCCCUAGGCAGGGGCUGGCGGAAACUCGUGCCCAGCUUCCUUCGUCGGAGGGACCAGCUGUGGGCCCGGAUGGGCUACCGGGCAGCUGUGAGCCGGCACUGUUGUGAAGAGGUCAUGGCAAGGGAACCAUCCCAUUGGGCCUGGACCAGGGAACGGCCUGCCCACCAUGGAGGGGCUCGUCGAGGCUCCCCCCAGGGAGACCAGAGCUGUUCUGCCGUCAUGUCCCAUGUCUCAGAUCUCUCUCCACUGGGCUGCUGGGUCCGGUGGGGCCAUUCUCCAUUUCCUCCCAGACAGCCGUCCCCCACACAGAACUCCCUUAAACAGCAUCCCCCCCAGCAGCAGUACCCCAAACAACCUCCUCCAGCUCAGUCCCUUCCCAUUCUUUCAUUGGCCCCUUGGCCCAGGAACUUUUUCCUCAUUCUCCCUCCAAAGCUGCAGCUAGAACCCGGGACCUACACUUUGCAGAUCCUGCCAGAGCUGGCUGCUGCUGUCUCCCCUGUUUCCUGGCAGUGGGGGAGGGGACGAAAGAGGCUGAGCCAAGGUCCUGCCCCAGGACUGUCUCUGGUAGCAGGCUCGCUGUCCUCUGGGGACAAAAUUUCUUCCAUCUCCCACCUUGCAGAAGCCUCCUACUUCCCUGAUACUUGUGUUUCAUCCUUUGUUCUCCAAGAGGACCCAUGA